AUGGAAAGUAGCUUCUGUUCCAUCGAGACUUCAAAAUCGUCAUCUAGAUUUAGUGGACCUUACUUCUAUCUUUCUAAAAUUGAGGGUGCAUCAGAGGCAAAACUUUGGAACAAUAUAUUCGAGUGGUCAGAGAACGAACUUGAUUUGCCUCAAGGAACCAUAAAAGCUUGUGUUUUAAUAGAGAAUGUCAUAUCCACUUUUGAAUUGGAAGAAAUUUUAUAUGCCUUGAAGGACCAUUCCUUGGGACUUAAUUGUGGGAUUUGGGACUAUUGUGCUUCUAUUAUAUCUAAGUUUGGUGAUCGUAAGGAAUUCCUAUUGCCCGACAGAAACAAAUAUGUGAGUAUGGAUCAACACUUCUUGAAUAGUUACAUGAAAUUAGUAAUUGGUACAUGCCAUGCUCGUGGUGCUUUGGCUACUGGCGGAAUGGUAGCGGCCACACUAAAACCCGGUUCCAAUAGUUCCGAUGAAAAAUCGAAAAUUGUUAUCAACAAAGUGUUAGAAUCGAAACUGAAAGAGAUAAAAAUAGGUGUGGACGGAUUUAUGGUAUAUGAUAUACGUCUGGUGCCGUAUAUAAAUGAGCUUUGGAAGAAAAACGCCUCGGCACCGAAUCAGAUCGAGCGUCAGCUGCACGUGAACAUCACCACCCAAGACCUGUUGAGCAUACCGAAGGGCGGAGUGACGUCACAGGGCCUGAGGCACAACGUGGCGGUAGCAAUACUAUUCAUAUACCACUGGCUGGCGGGAAUCGGGCACUUCUUCUACAACGGCAACGUCGAGGAUUCCGCCACCGCGGAGAUAUCCAGGGCACAGAUAUGGCAGUGGAUUAGAUUUGCGACACCGUUAGAGGACGACCCUGAGCAAGUGGUCACUCCGAACCUGGUGGAGAAGGUGGCAUCACAGUUCGCCUCGCGGGCACACAGGAAUCUCUGUCGAUCGGCCGCCGAGCGGAAACGCCUCACCGCGGCGAGAUACAUGAGCCUGGAGCUGUUCUACACCCGCAAGCCGCCGGAAUUCAUCACCAGCUACCUGAACGACAACCACAAGUUCAGGACCCUCCACAACAAGGCGCUGGCGAGCAACCUG